AGACCAAAAAAUUACUCAGUUUUUCAAUCCAAGUCGAAGUAAAGGAAAAGAUGUAUUGAGUUUGGGCUCUCCUCAGCAAAAGGUUAGCACAGAUGCAAUUGCUGCAUUGCACGAGGCUGAAUCAUUGCCAAGUCUUAUUGCCAAGAAGCCCAAAAGGCCCUUGUCUCUGCCGUCAUCUCAGCAGACCAGUGUGGUAGAGGUUUUUAUGAAAGGAGUCUUAAAAACAGAGAAAAAACAAAACAUGGGAGGUGUUGUGAAAUGCAGAGUGUUUCAGAACCCUGGCUCUCUGAGAGUGAUCGUACGAAGACUGCCUUUCGAGUAUAAGUCUGAAGGUGGCACGGACAGCAACGUGAUGAAAAGUAUCAAAGUUUCUUCCAGUCCUGAAAUGGCAACUUCUGCAACUCGGGAAGAUAUCAGUUCUAAAUGGAGGAUGGAGGAUUGUCGAAGUAGUAAAAAUAGUUUGUGGCACAAGUCUCUGCCGAGCAAACGGGAAAAGUUAUUGCCACCCAAUUCCCUGGAUGUUCUGAAGUACAGUGGGAAGAAAACUGUUGAAAGCAAAUUGUACCCGAGGCCUCGUUUAUCUCUUCGGAAACUCCGACAUCAGCAAGGGCCAUUCAAACCCGAAUUCCAGACCACUCUUCAGGCCUACAAAAAGGAGCGAGAGCUCAAGAAACUCAGGAUGGAACAAGGAAAGCAUCCUUCAUUUUCUUCAACAAAACCACUCUCGGGUCACAUCGUAAAUCAGAGUCAUCAAAUUUCCAACUUCAAAAGGGCAUAUUCUCUACCUUCAACAUCAUUCACAGGGAGCAGCAGUCUUUCUAGUCCGAAGGAAUCUAUUCCAAAGCAGGUAACAAAAAAGCCACCUCGAGGUACACCUGCUGAAGGAAACGAAAUGUGCAGUCACCAAGUGAUCCACAGGCUGCAUUCCUACCCUCCUUUAUGUGACAGAAAAAGCUCAAUGGGUACCUUCCAACCCAGGUUUCCAGCGGGGCGGCCGGUUUCUUGUUCGAAAGACAUUGUGAUGAAGAAGAGAAAACUGAUUUCAGUGGAUGAGCGCAUCCAAAAAAAGAGGAAAUGUUUGUCGGUUCCGCCGCACUUAGACACACCGUUUCACAAACGGAAGCGAGGGAGCAGGAUGGCUAAAAAAUACAGCAACGGUGUGACUGAAACUGCCUGCCACGGUGUGCUGAAAGAUCACAACAACGGCGUGUUGGAAGGUCAGGACACCACUGCUGCUCAGGUGGAUGAUUUUGCAGACUCCAAUUGCUGCCUGGGGGUCGAUUCCUCGCUGGACGAAGAAACCUCCACGUGCUCCUCUGUUAACUCAUACCCCAGAGUGUCUACAGAGGAGAGGGCAAAGACAACCCUUGGCUGUGUCAUCUCUUCAAAGGAAAACCGUUCGGCAGAAUAUUUAAACAGACGGUCUCUGGUUCCAUUUGACAGCAAAAGAACACAAAGGCCGGACUUCACUUUUGUACCCAUUUCAGGAGUUGAUGAGGACAGUAAGUCUGUGCUACCCUCGCAAGAGAAGUGGCUCUCAGAAAGGCCUGGUACUCUUCAGUCAUCGGAGAGUAACAGAGUCUCGGAAAGGCAACAGAGAGACACUUGCAAUAGUGUGGACAGUGACAGCGAUUUUCACCUCAAUUUAGACACUGAUGAAGAAGGUGAAACUUUAAUGGCUUUAAAUGACCUCCUGACUCUUCACACCAAAACCAAACCAAUAUCUACCACCCAUGAAAAAUGUUCCAUCGCCGUUCAUUCCUCAGUCCCCAGCUUGCCUCUGGCUAGAAUGAGUUUUCCAAAUGCCGGCAAAUCUGCAACGUAUUCCAACAGCUUUGAUCGGCUAAUUAAAGAAAAGAAACGGUCCGAGAGUAAGAGGGAGACGCAGCUGAACGAGUUGAAGAGGAAAUUGCAGAAUGAAUUCGACACUCUUAAUUUGAGUUGUCUGACUGAGGAAGACGAUGAACAGAGUUUGGAUGGAGACUUGGAAUCGAUUCCAGAUGAACAUAGGGAAUUCUUUCGCAAAUUCUCAGUUAAGUCUGACGGAAUACCCGACUUGCGUCCUGGAGAAAAGAUUUUCAACUUGUUGAAGUCUGGAGCGUUUUUUAAUCAACAUAACCUCACCUUGUCUCGGUCUGAAUUGACCCCUCAGAAUUUUCUGGAAAGAACUCUCAUCAG